GAUUAUUAUUUCCACCUUCGACGUAAAGUCCAAACACAAAACACAGGUUUAGGAAGCCUUUGACCUCUUCUUAGAAUCAUUAGUGAGAAUGGUUGACAUACAGUGGCUGGAUGAUUGCUGUUUGUAGUAGAGCUGAGAGCAGAGGGAGAGAGCAAGCAAAGAAUGAGGAGAGGCAAAGCAUCAAUUACAAAUGUUCUGAAAUCCGUUUCUUCUCCUUUAGCUACCCGAACCCAGAAAUGGUUCUUUUCUUCUUUGACACAUUCCGACCCGAAGAAGCCUCUCUUUGAGAUACCUCCAUUAAACCCAGAUGACAACGACCUGAAGAAACCUCUCUUUGAGAUGCCUCCAUUCAAAUUAGAUGACAAAGAUGGCCUCGUAAGCCGCCUAUGCAGAGAGAACAAAUUCAAAGAUGCCAUACUUCUUCUUUGCCAGCAGAAACACUUGAGGGAAGCUAUUGAAAUCCUAGACCUUCUCGAUCGUUCUAAAACCUGCCCAUCUGCUGCAAUUUACUCUGCUCUCCUUCAGCUCUGCCUCCAACAGCGAGCGCUCAAAGAGGGCAAACGGGUCCAUGCUCACAUUAAGAGCUCUGGUUUUGUUCCUGGGCUCUUUAUAUCAAAUCGACUCCUUGAUAUGUACUCGAAAUGUGAUAGCUUGAUGGAUGCUCGUAAACAGUUUGAGGAGAUGAGAGACAGGGAUAUGUGCUCUUGGAACACAUUAAUUACGGGAUACGCAAAAGCAGGGCAGCUUGAAGAAGCUCGCCAACUGUUUGAUGAAAUGCCGCAGAAGGAUCAUUUCUCUUGGAGUACACUGAUCUCUGGAUAUGUUCGCCAAGACCGGCCCAUUGAAGCUUUGGAAUUGUAUAGAAGAAUGCAAAAGGAUGAGAAGCUGGAAGGCAACAAGUUUACGGUUGCUAGCGCUCUUGCAGCUUCUGCUGCCCUUCCGUGUCUUCGGCUUGGCAAAGAGAUUCAUGGGCAUAUAACUCGAACUGGGUUGGCCUCAGAUGCUGUGGUUUGGAGCGCCGUGACAAGUAUGUAUGGGAAAUGUGGGAGUGUAAAACAAGCCAGGCACAUCUUUGGCGAGAUGUUGGACAGAGACGUUGUUUCAUGGACUACGAUGAUUGGAAGAUGCUUUGAAAGUGGGAGGAAAAAGGAGGGUUUCGAAUUGUUCUCAGAACUUUUGUGCUCAGGGGUCGGUCCCAACGAGUUCACAUUAUCUGGGAUUUUGAACGCAUGCUCUGAUCUUGCUUCGGAGGAUCUUGGCAAACAGGUUCAUGGAUAUAUGACCCGAAUUGGGAUUGACCCUUUUCCAUUUGCAGCACUUGUCCAUAUGUAUUCGAAGUGUGGGAACAUUGAGAGUGCCAAAAGGGUUUUUGAAGCAGUGCCCCAACCAGAUCUGCUCUCAUGGACUUCCAUGAUUUCUGGGUAUGCGCAGAAUGGUCAACCUGAGGAGGCUCUUCGAUAUUUUGAGUCACUACUUAAAUCGGGUACCAAGCCUGAUCAUGUUACAUUUGUUGGGGUUCUAUCUGCAUGUGCUCAUGCUGGAUUAGUUGAUAAAGGCCUUGCAUAUUUCCAUUCGAUUACUGAGAAGCAAGGAUUGAAACACACUGCUGACCAUUAUGCUUGUAUAGUCGACUUACUUGGCCGAUCAGCCCGAUUUGGGGAAGCUGUAGAGAUUAUUGAUCGAAUGCCAAUGAAGCCCGACAAAUUCUUAUGGGCUGCUUUGCUUGGUAGUUGCAGAAUUCAUGGGAACCUGAGUUUGGCAAAAAGAGCUGCAGAUGCAUUAUUUGAACUAGAGCCUGAUAAUGCCGCGACCUAUGUCACACUGGCCAACAUUUAUGCCACCUCUGGUAUGUGGGAUGAAGUGGCGAAGAUCAGGAGGAUUAUGGAUGACAAGGGGUUGGUGAAAAAACCAGGUUCAAGUUGGAUCAAAGUUAAGAGAAAGGUCCAUGUAUUCUUGGUGGGAGAUAAAACCCACCCCAAAACUGAUGAGAUUUAUGGUUUUCUGGAGGAGCUGUCAACGAGGAUGAAGGAGGAAGGAUAUGUUCCUGACACAAAUUUUGUAUUGCAUGACAUAGAGGAAGAACAAAAGGAGCAGGACUUGACCCACCACAGUGAGAAGCUUGCCAUUGCAUUUGGUAUUAUUGCUACGCCAACUGGAACACCAAUCAAGGUCUUUAAGAAUCUGAGGACUUGUGGAGACUGCCAUACUGCAAUUAAAUUCAUCUCGAAGAUUGUUGCUAGAGAGAUCAUUGUUAGGGAUUCAAACCGGUUCCAUCAUUUUAAAGAUGGCAGCUGUUCAUGUGGGGACUUCUGGUGAUUUGCUUUGGUACUUGGCUGAUAGACUUCACCAUUUGUUUGUAAUAUAUUCUUCCCAAUUAAUUGACAAUAAUAGGGAAGUUUGAGUUAACUUGACCUUCCUCCUGAGUGCAGAUUGAGAUUUUCUUGCUGUGUUGACAGGCUUUGCUGAUGGUUAGAAGGGAGUUUUGGUGUUAAAGUUGGCUCUAUCUAGUGGAAGAUACUAACUAGGAAUCAUCAAAGGGAACAAUAGGAUACCUUGAGAUGAGAAAUUCUGAAGUUCCAGAAUCUUUGGCUCUGUCAAUUGUGGGUAAUGGAAACUAUAGCUGUAUUAAAGGUGCAGGAAAUAAGUUACAAUUUUGAGAUCUAUCUGAAAUUUUUUUUUGGCUUCAUCCAAUUGUGGGUAAAGGAAAGCAAAGUUUUCUGAUAAGGUGCAAGAAGAUAUAGUGAAGUAACGUGGAAUGAAAAUAGGGCUCACUGAAAAGUUUGGAGAGGAGAACGAAGGAUUAAAACUUCUAAUUGAUGUAAUAAUAAGUAUUUCACACCAUUUACUAGCUUCACAUAACCAGUGGUAGAAAGAUCUUCAAUCAGUUGGCAGGUGAACAUUAACAUGUUUGGAUCUUUGGAUUGGGGGAGAGCAGAAAAUUUUAGAGUAGAUAUCAAUCUGAAUCAGAUUGGUGAUAGCAAAAAAUGAUUCAAUUCAACAUCAUUACAAGGAAGAAAUUGCUAUGGCAAUGGCAUUGAACAGUCCCACUCCUCUAGCUUAUGAUCUUCUGACUGACUUUUAGAUCAUCAUCCCUGUCUGCUCACCUGCAUGCUUCAGUACUAAGGCUAAACUCUUGCCCCUCCACCAGCACAUGCGUUAACCCAAAUGCCAUCUUAGAAGCCUAUCUCAACGAAGCACUUCCUUUGAAGUUUGAAUGCUACAUACUUCUCUACUUCGAACUCGACUUGGUUUGAGCUUAGCAAUGUAACUGAAACUCAAUAUAUAAUCUCUGUUGGGGAAAA